AUGACGAUGCCGCGAAUCAUGAUAAAGGGUGGCGUUUGGCGCAACACCGAAGACGAGGUGCUGAAGGCGGCGGUCAUGAAGUACGGGAAGAACCAGUGGUCGCGUAUCGCUUCGGUUCUGCACCGAAAGUCGGCCAAACAGUGCAAAGCGCGAUGGUUUGAAUGGCUCGACCCGUCCAUCAAGAAGACCGAGUGGUCGCGCGAAGAGGAGGAGAAGCUCAUCAAUUUGGUCCGUUUGAUGCCCACUCAGUGGCGUACCAUCGCGUCCAUCGUCGGGCGCACGGCAUCGCAAUGUCUGGAGCACUACGAGCAGCUCCUGGAUCAGGCCCAGCGCAAAGACGAAGACGGUGUGGCCGGUGGUAGCGGUUCCAGCGCCGCCGCGGCGGCUGACGAUCCGCGCAAACUAAAGCCCGGAGAGAUCGACCCGAACCCGGAGACCAAACCCGCGCGACCCGACCCUAAGGACAUGGAUGAGGACGAGCUGGAGAUGUUGUCCGAAGCGCGCGCCCGUCUGGCCAACACUCAGGGCAAAAAAGCCAAACGCAAGGCCCGGGAGAAACAGCUGGAAGAGGCGCGACGACUGGCCAGCCUUCAGAAGCGUCGCGAACUCCGAAUGGCCGGCAUUAACGUCGGCCUCCGGUCGCUGAAGCGUCGCCGCGGUAUUGACUACAACUCGGAGAUACCGUUUGAAAAGCCAGUGCCCGCGGGCUUCUACGACACCAGCGAAGAGGCGUACGAACCCCAGGACCAGGACUUCCGUAAACUACGACAACAACAACUCGACGGUGAGCUCCGGUCGGAGAAGGAGGAGAAGGAGCGCAAGAAAGACAAACAAAAGCUGAAACAACGCAAAGAGAAUGAUUUGCCGAACUCGUUGGCCAACGCCGAAGAACCGACCAAAAAGCGGAGUAAACUCGUUUUGCCGGAGCCGCAGAUCACGGACGCCGAGUUGGAACAAGUGGUCAAAUUGGGUAAAGCGAGCGAAUCGGCCAAAGAGACCGCCGAAGAGUCGGGCAAUCGGGCCUCUGAAGCACUGCUGGCCGACUAUUCCAUAACAGCCGCGGCUAAUGCGGCGGCCAUUCGUACGCCCAAGUCGUCGGCGCUGAGUCGCGACACUAUCCUAAUGGAGGCCCAGAACCUGAUGGCGUUGACCAAUGUUGACACACCGCUGAAGGGCGGUCUCAACACACCGUUGCACGAGUUGGACCCGUCGAUCGCCGGCGCCAUCACUCCCGGCGGCACCGGUAAGACACCGCUAUCGGUCACACCGAACAAUAUGAUCGCCACACCCUUCCGGACGCCAUCCGGCGGUGCGGACAGCAGUUUGGCUGCCACUCCGCGAACGCCCGGCUCUUCGGUUGGCGGUCAGACACCGUUGGCCACACCGUUGAGAGACAAGUUGGCCAUCAAUGCGGAAGAGGCGCUGGUCUUCGAGGGCGACGAGCGGUCGGCAAAACAGCAGCAAAAGGAGACGCGGGAAACGCUGCGCAAAGCGUUGUCCGCAUUGCCGGCGCCGAAGAACGAGUACGAGAUUGUGGUCAACGACGAGGAAGAUAUGGACGAGUCGGCCGACGCCGGCCUAUCCGUCGAAGAUCAGGCCGACCUCGACGACCAGCGCGAGCGGCGCCGACUGGAAGCGCUGGAAGAGGAGCGCCGACGGCAGUCGCAACCCGUGCAGCGAGAACUGCCCCGACCCGCAGAUGUGAACAACUCUAUACUGAGAACCGGCGCUCAAGCGACUGAUCCCCAGAUGUCGGCCAUACAGCGGGCCGAAGAACUCAUCAAAGAAGAGAUGCUGGUUAUGCUCCACUACGACGCCGUACACAACCCGACCGACAGUCAACUGAUGGCCAGUAGUUAUCGGUCGGCCCGCAGUGGCAAUCAAUCCAAUCCGAACGCCGUUCACACGACGUUUUUGGAGAAACACCCGUACGUUAAGUACAGUAAGGAUCAGUUAGCGGCCGCCAAACAGGUGCUCCAGACCGAGAUGGAUGUGGUGAAGCAGGGUAUGGCACACACGGAGCUCACACUCGAUGGCUACUGUCAGGUGUGGGACGAGUGUCUGUCGCAAGUGCUGUACCUGCCGUCCCAACACAAGUACACCAGAGCUAAUCUCGUCAACAAAAAGGACAGAAUUGAGUCAUUGGAGAAAAGGUUAGACCAGAAUCGGUCUCAUAUGACGAAAGAGGCGAAAAAGGCGGCGAAGAUUGAGAAAAAGUUGCGAAUCCUUUUGGGCGGCUAUCAGUCACGGGCGGCGCAGUUGACCAAACAGACCAGCGAUCUCGUGGAACAAUCACGGGCGGCGCAGUUGACCAAACAGACCAGCGAUCUCGUGGAACAAGUGGAACAGACGACACUCGAGUUGCAGACGUUUACCAUUCUUAAGGAUCACGAAGAGAUGGCCAUCGAUAAGAGGAUCGAUUCUUUAAGCGAAGACGUGAAGAGACAGAACGUCAGAGAGUCGUCACUGCAAGAGAGAUACGACCAAUUGAUCCGCAAAAGAGAUGAUCUCUUAUCCCAAUUGAAGCCACAACCGAACCAAUCAAAUGAGACGACAGAAUAG